AGCAUCGUGCGGGUUGUGAAUUUCUUGUUUUUGUGUUAAAAAUCGAGUGUUUUCAAACGAAAACUACUCACAAAUAGUAGCUAGCGUUAGGAAUUCCUUGUUUUUUGUUCACCCGGUAAGAAUCACAUGUUGCUCGCACAGGAACCGGUCGACGCAAUGGACGAUACAUCCGACACGGAUGUACGCCAGAGAUUCAGGAAGUCUUUCGACGAAAGUGAAGAAUCCGAGUUUUCCGACGAAGACGAUUCAGAUGAGGAGCUACGGCAAGCUUUCCUGCGAAAGGAGCUAAAACCCGGCCUGAAUGUGAUCGCUAAAAAAGAACAUCCUCCGGUGAACGAUACACUGAAGCUGAAGGCAGCCCUCGAAACGUGCGUCCUGAAAGCGCCCUGGCUGGAGCGGAUGGACCUGGUGAACGAUCUGGCCCCGCUGACGCCGGAACUGGCGAUUCAGAUGGAAAAGCACCAGCAAAAGCGCGAGAACCAGUUCAAGGGCAACCGGAAGAUACCGUACGUCGCGCCGGAAGCCGACACGGUGCUGAACGAUUUCAAGCGGGAAAUCCUGUUCCACCGGCAGGCACAAGCCGCAACCAUCGAGGGCAUCCGCCGGCUGCACGAUCUCGGGGUAGCUACGAAGCGGCCGGACGAUUAUUUCGCAGAAAUGGCGAAAUCGGACGAGCACAUGCAGCGCAUCCGGAAGGUGCUGAUGGACAAGCAGGAAGGUAUCGCGAAAUCGGAACGUGUGCGGCAGUUGCGAGAGCAGCGGCGCAUGGGCAAACUGAUCCAGCGUCAGGCUACGGAGAAACGUGACGAAGAACGGCGCAAAAUGCUUGGUGACAUUAAGAAGUUCCGCAAGGGCAAGCUGUCGAAUUUGGACUUUCUCGAUGAUGAUGAUGGGCCGCGGGGCGAGUUCCGCAAAUCGGGCAAAGCGCCACCGAGCAAGAACAAGAAGAAGGUGGUCAGUGGGAAGCGUAAGGCGCGCGAUGCUAAGUUUGGUUUCGGUGGGCGUAAGAAGGGCUCGAAGCAGAAUACCAAGGAAUCGUGCAUGAGUGACGGUCGCCGGCGUACGAAUCGAGCGGGUGGUGGCCCUGCGGGGAAGAAGGGCGGUAAGGGUGGUGCUGGGGGAAAAUCUCGACCCGGUAAGUCUCGCCGCGCGCAAAUGAAGGGUGGCCGCAAGAAGUAGAACGUUGCGAUGUGUUAGCGGCAAUGUAAUGUACAUUUAAGGUAUUCUGUAAGCCUUUUGGAUUUAAUUUUCUGCAAAACAAUAAAACAA